GUGUGCAAUAGUUUCCUGUAGUUGCAUGCUCAUCUCUUAACCUUCCUCUCUGAGUCCGUCUCUGUCAGAGCGAAGAGCACAGACGAAGCUGAGCGGAACAGGAUGCAGGCGAUCAAAUGUGUGGUCGUGGGAGAUGGGGCUGUGGGUAAAACAUGUCUCCUCAUCAGCUACACAACCAAUGCCUUCCCCGGGGAGUACAUUCCUACUGUGUUUGACAACUACUCAGCUAAUGUGAUGGUGGACAGCAAGCCAGUCAACCUGGGCCUCUGGGAUACAGCUGGACAGGAAGAUUAUGACAGGCUCCGCCCACUGUCCUACCCACAGACGGAUGUUUUCCUAAUCUGUUUCUCGCUGGUGAGUCCAGCGUCCUAUGAGAACGUCAGAGCUAAGUGGUACCCGGAGGUUCGCCACCACUGCCCCUCCACACCCAUCAUCCUGGUGGGCACCAAGCUGGAUCUGAGGGAUGAGAAGGACACCAUCGAGAAGCUGAAGGAAAAGAAGCUGGCACCCAUCACCUAUCCGCAGGGCCUGGCUCUGGCCAAGGAGAUCGAUGCAGUAAAGUACCUGGAGUGUUCUGCCUUGACUCAGCGCGGCCUGAAGACUGUGUUUGAUGAGGCCAUCCGGGCCGUCCUCUGCCCUCAGCCCACCAAGGUCAAGAAGAAGCCCUGCUCCCUGCUCUAAGUGAUUCUUGAAUGACCAGAGAAGAAGAGAGAAAGACCGCCUCGGGUUGAAAGAAGAAGAUUGGAAAGCUCUGUCUCCUGUAGAAAACUAGUUUAAAGAAAAAAUAACACGCUCACUUUGGCAGUUAAUUCAACAGCAAAGAACUUUUGUGUACAGCAUAUUAUGUAACUGAUUUUUUAAAGUGCUCUGUAGGUGAGUUCUCUGCAAAAUAAAUGAGUUUACCAAAACAACUCCCCAGUGUGCCCCAUGAGCUGAAGUGGAAGAGCAGGAGCAGCAUGGAAAAGUAGCAAAAAUCUCUGCAGACGCUGGCCCUUUGGGUUCAAAAAUAUGUCAAGGAAUCUUGUGGAACUCAAAAUAAUUAUAACAUUUAUCACUUAGAGCAAACACAGUGUUUUAGUGAGAUAAGUUCAUGUUGUGGUGUUUUUAUAGUGAUCAGGAAUGAUUCUUUGAUCUGAGCAGACAGAUGAACAAUAUCAUGUUUCAGUAAAAUGUAUUAACAAAUGUAUUAUUUGUUGUGAUAAUAAAAUAAAAGACGUUUCAUUUAGUAAAAAUA